GGGACCCUUGGUGCCAUGGUCCGGCCGGGCACUGGGACCCAGCAGACUCCGGAGCCGGGGCUGGGUUCCUGCUCUCGGCCGGGGGCUCUGCUGGGUCCCGGUGCCCCGGCCCGGCUCCGGCUGCUGGGAGCGGGCCUGGCCGCGGGUUCCUGCCGGACGCAGAGCGCAGCGCGCCCGCCCCUUGCGCCCAGCUGCGGGGAUGAGAACGAGAAGCAGCGAUGGCCAGGUAGGCGAACGGAGUGCCGACACAGCCGCCGGAUGGAGCCAGCCCAGCGGAGGGAGUGGGACAGCGCGCAGCGGGGCAGCCCGCCCUCGAAGACGGCAGAGGGAGGCGAGGGCCACCCUGGCAGCCACGCCUGGCAGGACCUGGAGGUGACGGGGAUCUGGCCAGCCAGUGCCCGCUACGCCCAGCCCACGCCCAAAUGGGGCGAGGCUGCAGCCCGGGGCAGGCGGCCGGAGUGCCCGGGGGUGUCGCGGGCCCAGCCGGAACCCCCCAAGCCAGGCCCGAGGGCGACGUGGGGUCCCAAGCUGCACUCGGCCCUGACAGGGUGGCCCCGGGCUGGGGACCCCCCACGAGCCCCGCCCCCGAAGCCACGGGGCCCCUAUCACAGCCGGCUGGCCGGCCCCGGCUGGCUCCUCCCCCCGGAGGCAGCAGGAGCGGGCGUCCCACCAUCGCCCCAUGAGGGCCAACCGGAGGACAACCUGCUGCUGAUCGACGCCCAGGGUGUGCCCUACACGGUGUCCCGGCGGGACUUGGAGGCGGGGCCGGCCCCGGUCCCCCGGCGGGCGCACUGCUGUCCCGUGUGCCGGCGGGCCUUCCUGUACCUCUCGGACCUGGAGCGGCACCGCAUCAGCCACUCGGAGCACAAGCCCCACCUGUGCCGGGCCUGCGGCAAGGCCUUCAAGCGGGCCUCCCACCUCCAGCGGCACCGGCACAUCCACACCGGCGAGCGCCCCUUCCGCUGCGCCGUCUGCCAGAAGGGCUUCCGGGAGUCGGGCGAGCUGCUGCGGCACCAGCGGGUGCACACGGGCGAGAAGCCCUACCAGUGCCCACUCUGCCGUCUGCGCUUCACCGAGCGCAACACCCUCCGGCGGCACGCCAAGCGCAAACACGCCCGCGAGGCCUGCUACCAGGGUGCCGGGCCGGGCGCCUGGGCCGACGGGGGCGAGGGCCGGCCCGGGUGGGCAGGGGAGGGCAGCCAGGAGGUGGGGCCCCCCUGAGAGCACCGGCGGCCCGGGGGGAUGGAGCGAGGCUGGGGGUGAAGCCCCCUCAACUGCACUGGGCUCCCUGGGGAUGGGGGGCAUUGGGGAUGGAAUGAAGUUGGGGGUCCCUGGGAGAUGGGGUCACUGGGGAUGGAGCAAGGCUGAGGUUCAGCCCCACCCCAGCUGCACUGGGAUCCCAGGGAGAAGGGGGCAGGGACCCCUGGAUCGUGCCAGGUCCCAGGGGGAUGGAGUGAGGCUGGGGGUCAGGGCUGCUGCCCCUACUGACUGUCCUGUGUGAUGCCAUGACCCCUGGGGAUUCAGUGGGCGGGGCAAGGAGCCACCCCCCCCACCAGGCACUAUCCCUCCGGGGAUGUGGGGAGGAGGGAACAACUGUGUCUGGGGGGGCGGGGGCACAUGAAGGGAAUGACUGUGUCUGGGGGGGCGCACAUUGUCAUACUAAGAUGCUGUCCCAGGCGCUCACCCAGCGGACUCAAUAAAGAUGU